AUGCAAGGGAGCAAACACCAGGCCGGGAGAGGCCGCCGCCACCAUGAGGGAGGAGCUGGGUUGCACGCGGGCUGCCAGGAGGCAGGCAGGGACUUGGUCCCGGGAGGCCGCCGUGGGGCGACAGCUGGGUCUGAAGAGGCCCCUGGGAGGCAACAGCGGGGCCUGCAGAGGCUCUUCUCCAGCCAGAGCUGGGCCUGUACAGGCCACCGGGAGGCAGGACGUGGGCCUGAAGAGCUUGGCUGCAGAAACUUCGGGGCCUACAAACGCCAGCAGGAGCUGAGCCAAAAGAGCUUGCUUGCUGGGAGUCAGGAGCUGGGCUGGGAGACGCAGCCAGGAGGAACAGCUGGGCCUGCAGAGGCCACCAUGAGGGAGGCAGAGGCUGGGCCUCCUCAAGUCGGCCUCUCCAGACCCACUUGCAGCCUCCCGGCAUCCUCUCUGGGCCCAGUUCUUCCUCCCGGCUGUGUCUCCAGGCCCAAUUCCGGCCUCCCAACAACCUCUUUGGACUCAGCUCCCGCCCAGCUCCCGGCGGCCCUGGUAGGCCCACAACUUCCUGAAGCCAAGCUCCCCAGGCCCAGCUCAGGCCUCACGGUGGCCUCUCCAGGCUCAGCUCCUGCCCUCCGACGGCGUCUCCAGGCUCCAAACGGCGUCGGGUCGGUGGGCUCCUCCUGGCCCAGCUUGGGCCUCCCGGCAACCUCUGCAGGCCCAAGUCAUCCUGAAGUCGGCCUCUCCAGGCCCAGCUCCGGCCUCCCAGCAAGCAAGCUCUUUUGGCUCAGCUCCUGCCCAGCUUCCGCUGGCCUUUGUAGGCCCCGAACUUUCUCCAGCCAAGCUCUUCAGGCCCACCUCCUGCCUCCUGGUGCCUGA